AGAGUGCGAGGUGACUUAAUAUUCCCCACGUGGGUAGAAAAUUAACUGUUGUUUUUGUUUUUUAAUCCUUAAUACAAAUUGUCUCAUUCGGCGCUGCCAAAGGAAUCGUUUGGUGUUCGAGGGAAUCAAAUACCAACCAAGGUGUUGUGAAAGGCAGGUGCUCCGAGCCCCUGUCUCUCUCUCUCUCUCUCUCUCUCUCUCUCUUUCUCUUUCUCGUUCUCUUUUUUGCCUUCGUCCUCGUAUAAGAGCUCUACAUGGCACUCCUCAGCCGCAACCUGACCCUGUCCCUUCAGCGGAACCUGCGCCUCAUGGCCCCAGGCUGCAGAUACGUCAGUCAGACAGCUACGAAGACCGUCUCCGAGUUUGAAUACGACGCUCCGUCCAUGAAGACUCCUGUACCGGGGCCCAGGUCAAAGGAACUGACAAGGCAGCUGGGAGAAAUUCAGAACGUGGGCGCUGUUAAUUUCUUCUGUAACUAUGAGGAGAGCCGGGGAAACUACCUGGUGGAUGCCGACGGCAACCGAAUGCUGGAUCUGUACACACAGAUCUCAUCUGUUCCUCUGGGUUAUAAUCAUCCGGCUUUGAUGAAAGUGCUCAGCAGUCCCAACAAUCUGAGUGCGUUUGUUAACCGCCCAGCACUUGGAAUGCUGCCACCUGAGAACUUUCCUGAAAAACUGACUGAAAGUCUGCUUUCGAUCGCUCCCAGCGGAAUGACCCGGGUGCAGACCAUGGCGUGUGGCUCCUGCUCUAAUGAGAACGCCUUCAAGGCCAUGUUCAUCUGGUACAAAAACAAAGAGAGAGGCACCAAUAAUCCUUCACCAGAGGAAACAAGCUCCUGUAUGAUUAACCAGGGUCCUGGAUGUCCAGAUCUGAGCAUCCUGUCUUUUAUGGGAGCCUUUCACGGGAGGACUAUGGGUUGCUUGGCCACGACUCACUCCAAAGUCAUUCACAAGCUGGACAUCCCGUCUUUUGACUGGCCCAUCGCACCCUUCCCAAGGCUCAAGUAUCCGCUGGAGGAGUUUGUUCAAGAGAACGCCCAGGAGGAGGCUCGCUGUCUCGAGGAGGUGGAGGAUCUGAUUGUGAAGUGGAGGCAGAAGGGCAAACCCGUGGCGGGUAUCGUCGUUGAGCCCAUCCAGGCAGAGGGAGGAGACAAUCACGCAUCACCCGACUUCUUCAUCAAACUGCACACCAUCGCUCGGAAGCAUGGAUGUGCUUUUCACGUGGACGAGGUUCAGACGGGGGGCGGAGCCACCGGAAAGUUCUGGGCCCACGAGCACUGGGGCACAGACGACCCUGCUGAUAUCGUCUCUUUCAGCAAGAAGAUGCUCACAGGAGGAUACUUCCACAAAGACGAGCUGCAGCCUGAUAAGGGUUACAGAAUCUUUAACACGUGGAUGGGAGACCCGUCUAAGAACCUGUUCCUCUCAGAGGUGCUGAAUGUCAUCAGAAGAGAGAACCUUCUGGAAGAAGUGACUCGCUCUGGGAAGACUCUGCUGCAGGGACUUUAUGAGCUGCAGUCUCAGUAUCCUCACCUCCUGAGUCGAGCUCGUGGUCAGGGCACCUUCUGCGCCAUCGAUGCCCGAGAUGAUGUCACCCGGGACCACCUUCUGCUCAAACUCAGGGACAAAGGCGUCCUUCUAGGUGGCUGCGGCGAAAAUUCCAUCCGCUUCCGUCCGGCUCUCGUCUUCAAAGAGUACCACGCUCAUCAGUUCCUCAACAUCUUCAACGACGUGCUGUCCGAGUACAAAUAAAGAGCCGCGGAGCUCCGAGAAUCCGAGGAGAACAAGCACAAGGGUCCGAACCCCUGAAACAGGCAGUUCCUUCCCCUCCCCCCCUCCCCCACUCACCUUUUUAUUGUCCUAACCUUUUACUUCACUUUAUAAAUCAUUUGUUUAAUUUCACUCUAAAGCGCUCACUCUCUCUACACUUUCUCUCACUGUAACGAGCACAAAGGGGUCAGGAGUUUUAUGGUGGAUCAUCAGUACACUAUUAAGAUUUAUAUCCAAAUCUCUGUCUUUAAUGAGUCUGAGGUGUCGUUCUAGGUGUUGAUGCACCAGUCAGCAGCUUUAAAGGAGUAAGUCACAGUGAUCCGCUCGGUAAGUGAAGAUUAUUUUGAAGGAGCAGUUUGUAUUUUUAGAGCUGGUUCGGUGAACUGUGUGUGUGUGUGUGUGUGUGUGUGUGUGUGUGUGUGUGUGUGUGUGUGUGUGUGUGUGUGUGUGUGUCAAACAGGAGCUCGUUUUCGCCCUGAAAAAUGUAAAUAACUGAAAUUUUAUUAAUAGAAGUAUAAAAAAAAAACACUAAAAUUACAAACUGCACCUUUAAAUGAUGACUGGUUUCCUCGGUCAGACUUAAGCACAUGAAUAAAUCCAGGACAAGCUCAAAUAUAUAAACCCUCUUCAUCUACCUCAGAGCAAAGAGCGGCUCUGUAAAGGGUACGAAGCCCUCGUGGGAAAAGCGUAAGGUCGUGAGAGUGGAAGGACGAAACAGAAAAACACAAACGAGUCACUGUGAUUAUUAGGUGUGUAUAGUGCCAGCUAUCGAAUGACUUUAUGGAAGGUCAGGCUUCAGGAAACUCACCAUCUCGCUCACACACACACACACACACCUAACUCUGGUCCUGGAGUGUUUUGUAGGGAGUAAAACGUCACCAGAUCAUUCGGGAUGCUGAAUACAUCAGACCAGUCUUCGUUCCUCACAUUCAGUACCACAUCAAUAUUAUGCAUCCAAUAGCAGGUCCAUGUAGGUGCUGCAGGUUCAGUGUUUCCAUCGUACUGUAGGAACCUGAAGAACACUACAGUGAAGGUAUUCGUUUUUAAUGUUAUUCAUGAACCGGCGAUGAACGUCCUAAACUAGCUGCACACGCACAAAGCACAAGAAAUCCUUUUUAGACCUUUGUGCUAAGCCACAUAUAAAUAGUGUUUGUGUCUGAUCAGGAAAAAAGGUACCGAACCGUACCGUCGCCCAUCGCUGGAGCCGUCACGUACUCCUUCACGUUUGGUAUUCCUCCCAUCCUGGAAAGUCGUGCCUUUUUUUUUUUAUUAUUAUUAUUAAUUUAAUACAUAAUUAAGAGCUUUAGCUCCACGUUAGUUCUGUAAACAAGCGUUAAAGGCGUAUUAUAGGUAGGAAAGCCGUGCAGCAGCGAUACAGAACUCGUACAGAAGGUUCUUCUCCAGCCUCGUUUGUUUACGCUCCUUCAAAGGGAAAGCCGACUUUACACACUGCACUAACGACUCCAGGAUCACAGUCACACACCAACACUGUUCUCCAAAACCACACACAGUAUUUUCAUGUAGAAUCUGUGUACCAGGGUUAACGUCCCACCACAAAAACCCACCGCCGCUCAUCCCAAAUCCAACCUGAACAGUCUUAACUCUGUGGAUAAAGAUAUAGAUGACGACACCGUGAGGUUUUUUGUUUGUUGUUUUUUUUACCCCCCAGGUCUAGUUAUUAGAUUCAUCAGCAGUUAAAAGUCCAUCAACGAGACACGGACACCUAAAGUUGACUACAUGUUUAGAAUAUUUUCGAGCUAAAUGUCGGUAAUGCCGUAUAGUGUCCCGUUUGUCCAUGUAAAGUAAUAUAAAAGGUAGUUAGCGUUAUCCUGGUGUUAAUAUAGCGGACAGACGGAGAAAAUACUCACAGCUGCUCAGUUCACAGAGAGCGAAACUCCCAGUAUACGUGACGACUCGUCUGUCUUUAACCAGUCAGUAUUGUAUAGAGUUGUGAAUUAUCUGUUAACCACUAACAACACCUUAACGAAUGAUAUAUCAAUGCCAUGUUUGUUUACUGUGUGAAAUAGGAUAUUAAAUGUAAUGAUUCUCACUUAAAUAUUGUCUAAGCAAUAUAAACACAAUCAGAAAUAAAUCUGACAUUUUUGGAGUUUGA